AUGGGUAGACGGCCCAACUUCUUGAUCAUCGUCGCCGAUGAUCUAGGCUUCUCGGACAUCGGUGCCUUCGGCGGAGAGAUCAAGACGCCAAACUUGGAUUCGUUGGCAGCAGACGGUCUGCGGUUCACAGACUACCAUGUGGCGGCUGCCUGCUCACCGACACGGUCGAUGCUGCUCAGCGGCACCGAUAAUCACAUAGCCGGCAUCGGUACCAUGGCCGAAAGCAUCCAGGACUUUCAGAAGGAUCAGCCGGGCUACGAGGGAUACCUCAACGACCGGGUAGCAGCACUGCCGGAACUGCUCAGAGAUGCGGGCUACUAUACGCUCAUGUCCGGCAAGUGGCACCUCGGACUGACACCCGACCGGUAUCCGUCCAAACGGGGAUUUGACCGAUCUUUCUCUCUUCUACCCGGUGCUGCAAAUCAUUAUGGCUGGGAGCCGCAAGUAGACGACCGGAACGCCAUGCCGAGCAUCUUGAAAAGCACCCCCGUCUUCUACGUCGAGGACGACAGCACCGUUAAGCCAUCAGAGCUCGGGCCUGACUUCUACUCAUCCGAGGCAUUCACCACCAAGCUGCUGCAGUACCUUGGCGAGAGAUCUGAUGAGCAGAGGGAGCAGCCCUUCUUCGCGUAUCUUCCCUACUCCGCACCUCACUGGCCCCUGCAGGCCCCCGAGGAGGAUCGUCUAGAUUAUCGCGGUGUGUACGACGAUGGCCCGGACGUGCUCCGGCAGCAACGCCUCGCCAGGCUCAGGGAGCUGGGUCUCAUCCCGGCCCACGCCAAACCUCACCAUGUCGUGGUGCCGCCGGUCGACCGGCCCUUGUCUCGCGAGUGGGAGUCCCUGACGGAGGAGGAGAAGAAGGUCUCUUCGAGGACGAUGGAGGUCUACGCCGCCAUGGUCCAGCACAUGGACGGCCAGAUUGGCCGCGUGCUGUCCUACCUGCGCUCGACGGACGAGCUGGACAGCACGGUCGUGCUGUUCAUGUCGGACAACGGCGCCGAGGGCCUCCUGAUGGAAGCAUACCCGCUGGUAGAAGGCGACAUAUUUGACUUCAUCGACAGGUACUACGACAACAGCCUUGACAACAUCGGACGGGGAAACAGCUAUGUCUGGUACGGCCCCCGGUGGGCCUCGGCGGCAACGGCGCCGUCGCGGCUGUACAAGUCGUUUGCCACAGAAGGCGGGAUCCGCGUUCCGCUCAUACUCCGCUACCCGCCACUCACGCAGACGCGACCUGACGGUAUCGAGCACGGAUUUGCGACGGUCAUGGACAUUGCGCCCACGCUCCUCGAACUUGCCGGGACACACCACCCGGGGACGAAGUAUCGCUCUCGCGAGGUGGCACCUAUCAGGGGCAAGUCGUGGGUGCCAUAUCUCAAAGAUCCGGAAGGGGAAGGGCACAUACAUGGCGAGGAUACCGUCACCGGGUGGGAACUCUUCAACCGCCAGGCUCUGCGCAUGGGGAAAUGGAAGGCCGUAAACAUGCCGGCCCCGUACGGGACUGGAUCUUGGGAGCUCUACGACCUGGAUGCCGACCCCGGAGAGACCCAUGAUCUGGCCUCGACGUCCCCGGAUAAGCUGGAAGAGCUUCUGACUCACUGGGGAGAGUACGCCCGAGAUGUAGGGAUCGCGGUGAAGGCCUUCUAA